GGUGGAGCUCGCAACGGGCCUAAACCGAAUUCGUUCAAACUUUUACCCCUCUACCAAAAGAGAAAAAAAUUAAAAAAGUAAAAAAUUAAAAAAUUCUGGAAUAAUUCUGUGAUCUUCGCGGCCUUCAACAUUCCUUGUGACAUCUUUGACUUUCUUUUUAUAUAUCGUUUCUUAUUCGUUAUACUCUCUUUAGCGCUUUUGGGUUGCGCCAUUUUUCUUUCUUUCAUUCUUUUGGUUCCCUGUUUUCCUUUUCGCACUCUGUGACGGUCGAACGAACGCAUGCCACGACCCAAAACUCUUCCACUCACCGAAGAGUGGACUGAUCCCGAUGCCUACGUCGACGCCCUUCUGUCCUUCGCUACCUCAUCCGACAUCUUCCGCCACCUUUGCGGCGGCGUGCAUAUCUUAGACUUUCUGACGCGCGAACCGGAUCUCUAUACGUCGCUUCUUCCGGAGCAUUGGCGAGCGUUCUUUGAGCACCAUGAUAUCCAGGACCUCCUCGACUUAUUUCUGAGGGAAGAUCUCCAGCCCCUCCUAGAUCAGAGCAAGGUUCUAGCGGCAGAUGGAGACAACCCGAGGGCACAACAGGAAUGGAGGGGAGCUCCCUUACCGCCGACAGAUCUCUUAGAGUACCUCCAGCAGAUCCGACGGCUUAGUUUGGGUAGAGAUUUCCAGCCCCCACAACCUGGGAAACCAACAAUACCGAGACACAUUGCAGUGGGGAUGAAUGUCAAAAAGUACCAUGAGGUAGCACACUUUUCGAGAUAUGUCGAUUCCCUGUGCGCAACUGUGGAUGAGCAGCGGGGCGAGAACAUAACCCACGUUGUGGAUUUUGGGUCCGGUCAAAGCUAUCUUGGGCGGACCCUUGCUAGCCCUCCAUACAACCAGCAUAUCAUUGCUAUUGAAAGAAAACAUCAAUUCAUCAAUGGCGCGAUGGGUUUCGAUAUCUUUGCGAAACUAAAGGAGAAGAAAAUGAUUAGACUAUAUAAUAAGAAGGCCGCCUGUAAAGAUUGCGAGGAAGCAGAGGGACCUGUGACGGUAGACCAGAAUGCUUUCCCCCGUGAAUCAGAAGGAGCGGAGAACGUAACACCCGAUGAUAGCGCAAAUCGAGACGUGGACGAGGAGGAUUUUGCUAUGAUAAACGUCUUCCGUGACAUUAGUAUCGCGCCUGAUGAGAUCGGCUCGGCUCCACAUAAGAACGACCCUAAUAAGAAAGCGAUGGCUUUGGCAGCUAAAAAACAGGAGUCCAAUCAGCCCAGAGGUACGAUGGAUUAUAUUGAACACGAUAUUAAGAAUGGGUACCUGGAGCCUAUCAUAAAGGACGUGAUUGAGCCACCGUCUGUUGCGCCCGCCGAGAACUCAACGAGCGCCGAGCAGCAAAGCAAUGGAAAGCCGAAUGAUGCCCGGGUUAUGGUUGUUUCCUUACAUUCCUGCGGAAAUCUGCUUCAUCAUGGCGUUCAGUCUUUGGUCCUGAACCCGUCCGUGAAAGCUAUUGCCAUGAUUGGUUGCUGCUAUAACCUGAUGACCGAAAGACUCGGCCCUGCUACAUACAAACUUCCUAUCCUUCGAACCAUGCACCCUCGCCUGACGAAGGAUGCCGUCGCGUAUGAUCCGCACGGCUUUCCAAUGUCGAAACGUCUGGAAGACUACGAACAUGACAGCGGAAGAGGUGUGAAGCUGAACAUUACCGCAAGGUCAAUGGCUGUUCAGGCACCCUAUAACUGGGGCAGGGAAGACAGCGAGAAUUUCUUCACCCGGCACUUCUAUCGGUCUCUCCUCCAGAAAGUCCUGGUAGACCGUGGAGUUGUGGCAAAGCCUUCCAUCCCGAAAGAAUUGUACGGUGCAGAGUCUUUGGAUUCCAGUGAAGCGGGAAACCCCCUCAUUGUCGGCUCCUUGCGAAAGUCCGCUUUUGCUUCCUUUCCUGCAUAUGCUCGUGCUGCCGUGGUGAAGCUUAGCCGGGAUCCUCAUAACGGCGAGAAGGUGAAAGCAGGCAUGGCCGAUAUCACCGAAGAAGAGCUAAAUGACUACGUGGAAAAGUACUGGCACACGAGGAAGUACCUCGGCAUCGUGUGGAGCUUGAUGGCCUAUAGUUCCUCUUUGGUUGAAGCCGUUAUCGUGGUUGACCGAUGGCAAUUCCUGCGUGAACACGACGGUGUCAAAGACUGCUGGGUUGAGCCCGUGUUCGAUUAUAGCGUAAGUCCAAGGAAUCUGGCCGUCAUCGGUAUUAAAAAGUGAGAUUUGUGGAUCUUAAUCGAUAAAUAUCCUGAUUACGCAUCUGCUGCUCGUGCGCUUCGAACCCUUUCAGGCUAUGCUUCGUUGCUUAGAGUCAAUGGGACGAUACGGAACCAGGAAUCAAGACCUCAGAUGUAGUCUGUCUAGACUUGGCAUAUGUGGAUGACUCGCGUCGCCCAGCAAUCUAGAUCUUGUUUUAAGUCGCUAGACGUCGUUGCUGUCUGGGCUUAUGUAUGACGAUUACUGAUGAGAUAGAUUUUAUGACGUGAUGUAAAACUGCUUACCUCUGGUAAUAAAAUUACUGCUUGAGCAGAGGGGAAGAAGGCAGAAAAACAUUCAGGAUACUAGACAAUCUGCAUGCAUCAUACCGUGGAACGUAAAAUUGGUAUAGACAAUACAAUGAUGAGUCUGGCCAUCGCCAAAAAGGGGGCCUUCAGUAUGGCUGUGUUGAGAUAUCCUACUCCAAAAGAUAGCAGCAGACAGACCGCCCGAAAUGGCAACGUUCAAC